GCGACCCUUUGAGCUUGUAUUGACUUGUAUCCUUGUACUGGGACCGUGUUCCUGACUUCCUCUGGGCCCGUGUUCCUGUCUUCAUCUCCUCGUUUCUAAUAAAGCCGGCAAACCCCUGGAGCCCACGUUCCCUCCUUCCUGAUAUAUAAAUCUGAAGAUUGCACAACCAAAUAAUUACUGGGUGUUGGCCACGUCUGGAAUAUGGAGUGGGUAGUUUGCAUUUUGGUGGCUGUUUGUGUGGCUGUUUGUGGUGGUUUAGUUUUGUUUUUGCUCAAGAUUGCAACAACGGUUUGGUGGAAGCCUCUGCAAGUGAAAAAGUCCUUCGAAGCUCAAGGAAUCAGUGGCCCUCCAUACAUGCUAUUCUAUGGAAAUUCCACAGAUAUAUCCAGAAUGAACGAUGAGCAGAAAUCCAAACCGAUGCCACGCUCACAUGACAUACUCCCUCGAGUUCUUCCCUAUGUUUACCAGUGGACUAAAACAUAUGGUCAGGAUUUUAUUUUCUGGUUUGGGCCUCAUGCCAGGUUGGUUGUUCCCCACCCUGAGCUUAUCAAGGAGAUACUGUCCACUAAAUUUGGCAACUAUCCAAGGCGUCCGAUGAAUCCCCUUUCUAGACUACUGUUGGGAAAGGGACUUGUGCUGUUGAAAGGUGAGAAAUGGGCUCAGCACAGGAAAAUCAUCAAUCCUGCUUUCCAUAUGGAUAUCUUGAAGGGGAUGAUUCCAACAAUUGUGAAAAGCAGUGCCCAUAUGUUGGAUGGAUGGAGUAAAUUGAUAUUGUCAGGUGAAUCGGAAGUUGAUGUGCAAAAGGAGUUCCACGAUCUCACAGCAGAUGUUAUUUCCCGCACAGCAUUUGGAAGCAGUUUUACAGAGGGAAAACACAUCUUUGAAAUGCAGACCGAACAGAUGAUUCUUGCAGCUGACGCACUUCGCAGUGUUUAUAUUCCAGGUUUCAGGUUUCUUCCUACUGCAAAGAAUAGGCAGCGUUGGAAUGUGGACAAAGAAAUAAGAAGAUCCUUGAGACAGAUUAUAGAUGCCAGGGAAAAGACUGCCAUAACAGAAAAAACAGGUGGAUAUGGUGCCGAUUUGCUUGGUUUGAUGAUGUCUGAGAGCAAGGAGCAGGGGAGAGUCAAUGUACAAAGUAAUGGAGGCCUGAGUACAGAGGAAAUCAUUGAUGAAUGCAAGACUUUCUACUUUGUUGGUCAUGAUACUACAUCACUACUGUUGACAUGGACUAUAACAUUGUUGGGAAUGCAUCAAGAUUGGCAAGAGCGAGGUCGCAGAGAAGUGAUGGAAGUAUGUGGAAAACACAAUUACCCAGAUGCAGACAGCUUAAGUCGCCUCAAAAUUGUGGGAAUGAUCAUAAAUGAGGCCCUAAGACUUUAUCCACCUGUAGUUCGUGUGUUCCGAACGGCAAGUGAGCCGAUGAAACUUGGAAGGAUCUCAAUUCCUGCAGGCAUUGAACUUGAGAUUCCGAUCCUGGCGAUUCACCAUGACCCUGCGUUGUGGGGAAAUGAUGCCAACGAGUUCAACCCAUGGCGAUUUAAUGAAGGAAUUGCAAAGGCUGCAAAGCAUCCAAUGGCAUUCAUGCCCUUUGGUGCAGGUCCAACUAUCUGCGUGGGCCAAAAUUUUGCCUUGUUGGAAGCAAAAAUAGUUUUGGCCAUGAUUCUACAAAGAUUUUAUUUUGUGAUUUCACCUUCUUAUACUCACGCUCCUUUGCUUUUAACUACUGUGAAACCUCAAUAUGGAGCUCAGAUCAUCUUCCGCAUGGACUAAUAUCUGAGACUAGUGCUGUCUAGAAUUUCCUCUUAUGUGUUGAAAUUUUAAGUAGCAUUUUAUCUUC